AUGCUCUACUUUGAGGAUGCAGAAAAGGUCUAUCGUCACUCCAGACCAAGAUUUCAUUCUAUGCUACUUGAGCAGCUCAGCCAGAUCGGCAUCGAAGUCGAAUAUGACCGCAAAGUCCACGAGUACUUUGAAGAAGCCGAGCGCGAUCGGGCGGGUGUGGUUCUUCGAGAUGGCUCUCGGAUUUUGGGCGACCUUGUGGUGGCGGCGGAUGGUCUUCGAAGCAACUCGUGGCGAUUGGUAGCUGGUAAAGAAGUGCCUGCUCGCAGCAGUGGUGAUGCUCUUUUCCGAGUGGCUUAUCCUGUUGAGCUGGCACUUGCUGAUCCCAAAGUCGCUGAACACUUUCCAUUGCUCGAAGACGGCAGAUCGACAAUCCAGCUUUGGCGUGGCGUUGGGGUACAAGCAGCUUUCUGGCGAAAUGAACACGAAAUGAGCUGGUCUUUGUCCCGUCCCGUCACCCCCUCAGACGUUAUACGAUACACCUCUACUAUUCCUGGAUGGCCGGAGAUAGCCGACAGGGUGAUCAGAACGACUCCACCAGGCAUGAUCAUCGACUGGAAACUCAUGUGGCGUGAUCCCCAACCAGACUGGACUUCCCCUGCUGGACGUGUGAUUCAGCUCGGCGAUGCAGCGCACGCUUUUCUGCCCAACUCUGGCAAUGGUGGCACACAAGCCAUGGAAGACGCGAUUUCACUUGCCGCGUGCAUUGCGAUAGCAGGCGAUAAUCAGAAGAUUCCGACCGCGACAAGGGUACAUAAUCUUCUUCGCUUCGAGCGCGUUUCAUGCCUGCAAGCGUUCGGGGUGAUCAGUCGGGACGAGGCUCAGGGCAAACCAUCUAACGAAAGAGGACAGGUCUCGAGGGAUGGGUCAAAAGGGAAGCAUGCUCAAGUUGGUCGAUGGAUCCUUCGUCAUGACCCGGAGCAGUACGCCCUGAAAAACUACUGCAAAGCUGCCAUGCAUCUGCAAGAGGGAACGUCGUUUAAGAACACGAAUGUGCCACCUGGGAUGGUCUACAUACCAUGGACUAUAGAUACUCUGCUAGAAGCUCAUGCCAAGGGGCGGCCGACGGCAGUAGUACGAAGCACAGCGGUGAAGCUGGCAAGGAGAGGAUGGUUUCGCGACGGCCCUACCUUAGGCAUGGCUUCGACGGCGGUACCGCCAGAUCAACCAUCUCAUCCUACAACGAAGCGCCAUCAAAUAGUUGUCGCUUGCAACAAAUGCCGGACGCGCAAGGUCAAAUGUGAUGGGCAACGUCCGACGUGCGCGAAAUGUGCCGAUCGUGGCUUGGAAUGUGUCUACGCCGCUGAGCCAGACGCCCCCCCAAUAAUUGCUCUCAAGCGUAAGCAUGACGCCCUUCAGCGCGAGAACAACGAGGUAAACCAACUGUUGAGCCAUCUCAAAUCUGUCGCUCAACCGGACGCCCUGAAAAUUUUGGAUUUUCUUCGCGACGGACAGGAUGUGCGCUCAACCAUCGAAUUCGCGCGGACAUUACCUGCUCCUGGCGCACCUGCCGAACAACUACUUAGCACAUUUCGAGAUCAGAAUGUGUCUGAAGGAUCGCUAACAUCCGUACCUUAUGGGGGCUUCUCAAGUCAUGCUUCGGUCGCCUUGGACCUGAACGGAGGUCGUGACAGAUACGACAGAAUCACCACUCAUUCUCAUGACCUCUCCUCGGUCAAUCCGGGUACUACGUUGCCUUCGAUGCCUGAUUUGCUUGCAUCCUUACGCGAGCCAUUGAGUCCGAGUCCACCGGCUCAGAGGAGCACCCGCAUCAGAAGAUCUCCAAGUGCUCCAAAUCUGCAACAGGUACAUGCCAUCCCCUCAAGACAUCGUACAUCACCCUACAUUUGGCUGUACGACGAUCGUUUGUCUCGUGUCAGCGCUCAAGAUUGGAAUGUCACAUACGUGGAUGAUGUAGGUUUCCGGAACAUCAUCAGUUCAUUCUUUGUUUGGGAUCAUCCAUCGAUACAUAUGUUCGAUGAAGAUGAUUUUCUUGACGGCUUGAUCAGAUUGCCAUCGGAUACGUGCUCUGAAGUGCUUGUUCAUGCAGUCUUGGCAUAUGGUUCGGUGAAUUAUGCGCACGUGGAUCGAGAAACUGCUGCAGCUGUACUCAAGGCUUCUUGGUCAGAAGCAGAACGUCUUUGGGAGACGCCAAUCGACAAGGAACAGGACUUGGCCAGCGGCGCGGCUGCCAUGAUGAUCUGGGCCAUGCACACCUUUCAUGGUGCCGACAAGCUCGGCAUGCCAUAUCUUUUGGCAAUGCGACAUAUCACUACAAACAUGGGGCUGUACGAUAAGGGUCGUCGCGCUGAAGUCUAUGAUCCUGCUCAACCACGUAGGACACAAGCCAGAGCUGUAUUCGCCUGGGGAAUGCAUGAUUGGGCCAUUUUUGCUGAAGUUGCGUUCCGAGCCGAUCUUGGUUUCAAAAACGAGCCACCGAUCGAACCACCACGAGUGGUAAACAUUUCGGAACACGAGCAAUGGAUGCCUUGGCCCUGGCCAAAGCAAGGAAGGACAGUUCCAGCGCUCAGGUAUGAAACAUUUGAUGCUCAAGCGCGUCUUACUACAAUCUUCAAGCGUAUCAUACCUUUACAGACAAAGUAUUCAUCCGGACCUCUUACCUUGGAAUACUUGACAGCUUCGCUCGACCUAUAUAAGCGAUUCAAGGAUUGGUGGGACAGAAUCGAUCCGAUGCUGAAGAAUAUGAACUACUUGGAGGAAGCACCGCCCCAUGUCUUCCAGGUCAUUUGCACAUAUCAUUUUGCGAUCGUUGAAUUGUUCCGACCAUUCACGAUGACAUCUACGAAUCCUACACCACAUGCAGCGCCACUGGUAAAAGCCAAGCUGCCGGUAGAGCCAUGUCUGUCUGUGGCUAUUAACUCUGCCUUGCAAGCACGUGCCGUGCAAAGCCGCGUCGCGAAGCUCUACAGCCGCGAUCAGUUCAUGAACUUCUUCCCCUACUACGCGCUUCCCGUGGCUUUCGAGACGUUGCCCUCAAUCUCUUCAUUGAGUCCGACCUUCUCGUACCACGCCGCCUCUGCUUUCCUCGACGCUCUUCGCGUUUUGUUUCAUGCUAGCAGUCAACUUCCAGUCAUCCAAUAUGCAGCAAUGGGCAUUGAGCAAGCGGCUUCGGGGAUGAAUAUUGUCCUGCCGGACGAAGCAAAGGCUAUGUUUGAAGCUUUCAAGCGCAGGAAUGCAGAGGACGACGAUCGAAACAGGGGUAAAUCCAAUUGGGUUGUUGUGUUCAACACUGCUAACACGAAUGUUCAAGCUUCAAGAUUAGACAAUCUUGUCAGAGAAUUGAACAAUCUACGACUGGAAACAUGA